AUGGUGGGCCCAUCUAUAAGCUUCUGUACACUUUACGAUGCGACCGCUUACCAAGCGGGCACGGUGGCGAAGUGGCUGAGCUGCAACGGCGAGGUGUGGGGGAUGGGCCCGACCGUGGUGUUCGCCAGCGCCGCGGCCCUCUUCCUCUUCAGCGAGCUUCGGGCGACCAUCAGUACGGCAGACGGCACGCUACGGCCCAUCCUGCUAGAGAACAUCCUGAUUACACCCAGCGUCUUGCUGGAAAUAACCACGGUGGGACUCUUGGGGCGGCAAUCGGAGCUGGUGCCGCUGGGGCCACUGACGCGCUUCCUCUGCCACCAGCAGCCCCAGAUCCACAUCACCGUCUGCUGGUUCCUCGCCCUCUGCUACGCCGAUUACGUCAGGAAGCACUACUGCCGCAGGUUUAGGGUCCCCUACUUGGAGCAAUGGCAAGCCGAAUUACAAGAGUACGCAGCGAGAGGAAUGAACCGGACGGUAGAGAGGAUGCAAAGCUUCGUAGCAAGUGUCCAACAGCGGCUACGCAGCUACGAACCGACGCCGCCGCCCAACAUCAUUACCCAGACG